GGAGUGACUGAUAAUAGAUAAAGGGGGUGAAAAGCUCAGAGACAACAAAACUUUUCAAAAUCACUUUUUAGCCAAAAGAAUCUCAUAUAGACAGCACUAUGGAUGACAGCUCAUUACCAGCAUCAAUGGAAACAAUUGAAAGCAGCAGCUUACCAGCAAGCAUGGAUGUUACCGCUACUUUAGACAACAGUUUACCAUCAACCAUGGAAGCUGACCAACCCACAAUAAAGGACCCAAUCAAAGAAUCUGCAGCUCCAAAUAAUGAUAUAAUAAUUCUUUUUGAUCUUGAAACAACUGGCUUGGCAAAAGAUUCUGACAUAACUCAGAUAGCAGCAGAGGUGGUUGGACAAAAUAACAUGUGGUCGAAGUAUUUAAUACCAAAUCAAGACAUCGGAAAUGAUGCAACCCAAGUAACAGGCAUACAUGUUGAAGAAACAGAUGGGGCGAGGGUUUUAAUGGUAGGAAAUGAAGAGGUCGAUGCUGCAAGCUAUGAAGAUGGUUUGACUCAGUUUUAUCAUUAUCUUUGUCAACUCUCAAAUGGAAAAGAUCCCAAUUCACGCCUCAUACUUGUAGCUCAUAAUGCAAAACGUUUUGAUGCUCCAAUAUUGGUAAAUGCUUUUAAGAAAAUCAAUGUCUCCUCUUCUGAUUUAUUAGAAAAAGGAAUCUACUUUGCUGAUAGCCUUGAAAUAUUGCGUAAGCUACAAAAAGACCAACACCCAUUGCUAAAUAAUCCUCAAGCAGACAAAGAAGGGGGAAAGAAGCUAUCACUUGGGCUAGGUAACUUAUACCGUCAUUUAUUUCAAGAAGAUUUCCCUGCUCAUGAUGCUACUGAAGAUGUGAAGGCAAUGAAGCGUAUUUUGUUUGAACGACUUCAGCUGGACAAAAGUUUUAUUAGCAAUGAAACUUUUAGCAUUUAAAAAUGAAUGCUUACAGUUUUUGAUGAAA